GGAGCCAGCCUUUCCCCAUCCUUCUUCUUGCCCCCUGUCCGAUUGGGCCACAAGCUGCCGCACAUUCAUUUGGGCGUGCACAAAGGAAGAAGGACAUCAAUUGUAACCGCAUUCUUUAGUUUUAGCAGCGUGUCAAUCCUGCCGCACCAGCUGUGAAUCGAGCGAUUAACAUGGGGAGGGCGGCUUCAUGUCUCGCCCGCUUGCGGCAGUUUCAACAAUAGGUUUAUGGCAUUAUUUCAGCAGCUUAUGAUGCAUGUUUAAGCUCAGCUAGUUCCGGACUGGCGAAAAAGGGCAGACUCUAGCAUCAGCUCUAGCACUGGCGCCUUCCAAGAACACGAGCAAGCGUGCUGCCGAAGGUACAACAAAAUCAUUAUUCUCAGUGAAAGUACUCAGGUACUUCGCGCACUUCGAGACGCAAGGCGUGCGCUGGGGGAAGCUGCCAUCAGCUCGGCCCUGCUGCUCGCGAGCUUGGCGGGCGGGUACUUAGGCUUCAGUGACAAUGUUUCAUAUACACGCCUGGAUCUUUACUGAUGUAUGUUACCAUUGCCCCGAAAAGCUUACUCUACGAAAUCGGGCCAAAGACCAAUGGCGCCGCCCGCCGUCGUACCAUUUCGACCCGGCGCGUUCUUGAAGGCUUUCCCAGCAUCUACGAGUAUAGUUCAACCCUUCCGAUCGGUGAACAUUGCUUUGCCAUCGCUGGGUGUAAGUAGACAUAAUGGCGAGGGCAAGCGCUGUGGCCCAAGCGGCCCUGGCGAUCGUGAUGGGCGCAAUGCUGGUGUCUGCUAACAUCAACGUGUGCGUCUACAGCAACACUGAUGUUGUGGAGAGCUUCGAGCGUGCGGGCCUUAUCUACGAGACCGUGCGGUACCUGGUGCCCAGCCACCCCUCCUACUCGAGCUCUCAGCCCGACUUCACUGGCCUGGGCGCCUUCGUCAUCCCCGGCAACAAGGGCUCCUACUGGGCCACCGAGGGCCUGGCCGCCAACGCCGCCAAGCGGUCUGCGCUGGUCGACUUCGUGACCGGCGGCGGCGUGCUGGUGCUGGCGGAUGGUGGAUCCACUGGAUCCAACCAGUUCGCUCCCAUCCUGGAUCUGUUCCUGGGCAAGCCCAGCGGCUGCGUGGUGGAUCCCAUCACCCUGCCCUUCCUGGCCUACCGCCGCUACGCCGACGGCCGCCUGAACGACCUGCCCUCCCCCAUCAAGGUCAAGCCCGACCAGGGUGUCUCCACGCUGGUGUGCCCCGCCGCGCCCAACGCCAAGGCCGUGUACACGGGCUGGAACCCCGCCACCAAGCGCUCCGUGUCGGUGGCCACCACUUGGAGCUUCGGCAAGGGCGUCGUUGUGUGGAUUGGCUCCGGCUACACCCAGCCCAACCUGAAGGGCUACGCCGAGCUGGCCGCCGGUGUCAUCUACGACACUGAGGAAGGCGUGUCCAGCCCCGCCCCGGUGCCCACGCCCUCUUCUUCCCCGUCGCCCAGCCCCUCUCCUUCGCCCAGCCCCUCUCCCUCCCCCAGCCCCUCUCCCUCCCCCAGCCCCUCUCCCUCUCCCAGCCCGUCUCCCUCCCCCAGCCCCUCUCCCUCCCCCAGCCCUUCUCCCUCCCCCAGCCCCUCUCCCUCCCCCAGCCCCUCUCCCUCCCCCAGCCCCUCUCCUUCUCCCAGCCCCUCUCCCUCCCCCAGCCCCUCUCCUUCUCCCUCCCCCUCUCCCACUCCCUCUCCCAGCCCUUCGCCUCCUCCCCCCUCACCUCCUCCCCCCUCGCCUCCUCCCCCGCCUCCUCCUCCCCCGUCGCCUCCCCCUCCCUCUCCCUCCCCGUCUCCUUCCCCGUCUCCCUCUCCUUCCCCUUCCCCUUCCCCUUCCCCUUCUCCCUCCCCCUCUCCCAAGCCUUCCCCCAAGCCUUCUCCCAAGAAGUCGCCCCCGCCUGCUUUCUCUCCCCCGGUGGACAUGCCGCCCCCUGAGGACCUGGCCCCGCCUCCCCAGGCCCAGUAAACGCGCGGCUGCGUUCACCCGGAGCGCCGCAAUGAGCGCAGGCAGCCGCCGCCGCUGCUCCUUCGCCAACUCGGCAGCUGCGACCCGUGGCUGUGGAGGCGUGUCAGCGGUGGACGGGGGCCGGCUGCCACCGGUGUGUCUCGAGUUGCGUUGCAUCUUGACGGACUAUGACGCGGGCAUGCGAGAGCGAAGCCCGAGGGUGCGGCGAUCACUCUUGCAGUCGCCGCGACUCAGGACGCAGGUUUGCUCUCAUGACGCUAGCUAGCUUCAAAUCCGGAUGCAGGUUGUUGCUCAUGCGCUGUGGCCUCGUGAUGCACGCAUGAUGGAGUCAGUGUGGGUUGGAAGACCUUCAAGGGUCCGUGAAGCGAGUGUGGUGGGUGGCGCUGCCGGUUUAACCGGAGUGUGCCUGUGUGCAUGGAUAAGAGAACCAAACGCUCCAGAGAGGCAAACUCGCAAACUAUUCCUUGCUCCACCCAGACGGUGGGCUCGUGUUUGCAAUUGUGAUGGCUUGAGCAACACAGCAUAUAUAGCGCGUGUCAAGUUGAUCUCCCGUGUAGUACAUGGGCCUUAGCAUAAUGUCUCAUGCGCACAGCGCCUGAAGCUUGAGUUGUUUGCAUGUUAGCUGUCGGUGGCUUAUCACCAUGCGCGUAAUGUAUUCAUGCCAGAAUUUUAGGAGCGGCUUCCACUUGAGGCCCAUUUGAGCUCCACUGCUGUAACUCGCAAGCCAGCAACUCCACGUGCUGCCAACUGCAAGUGUAGGGUUGCGCCCCCACCCCUUGCGGGGCUGCGACAUCUGGAAAAGUCCCUUUGCAUGCGCAGCUUGCGGCACGUGAAAGCACCUCUGGCAGCAACCGUGGCCGUGUCACUGCAUGGGUAUGAGCUAUGAAGGCCAGCGCAGGCUAAAAGGUGGAGGCGCUGGGGCACUUAACGGCACGCAAGCCUCAUCGUGUUGAGAGGAAGUCGGUCUUCUGUAAUAUCGCGCCAGU